CUCCAUCUUCGAUCCAACGGCCCUCUGAGGAAGAACGGCGACGGGGGACUCGCCAGCUGGACCUCACUCUCCCGUCGGCGCAAACUGCCCUUCCGCAAGCAUAUCUACCACCUGACCGCAUCAUACACAAGGUUCAAAUUGCCUCGUGCUGGGACGUGCCAUGUCGGACGUAGGCCUGGUGAAUGAAACAUCCAUCUUGGGCGGCAAUAGCACAGGAAAUGGCACGGUGUUUGGACUACCACUGAACUUGGUGGAAACCGAGCGCGGGUGGUGCCUGUUCGUGUCGUUCUUGGCAGCGCUCGUCGCGUCGGGGCUGACGUUGUGCAACAUGUACCUGCAUCUUCGUGCGUACACGCGACCAAAUCUACAGCGAUACAUCCUUCGGAUUCUGAUCAUCGUACCGUUCUACGCCAUCGGGUCGUUCCUGUCGUUCUGGCUCGUGCACCAAGCUAUCUACUUCAACAUUCUUCGCGACAUAUACGAGGCGUUUGUCGUGUACAGCUUUCUCGAGCUCGUGCUGUCGUUUGCCGGCGGUGAAUCCAACUGCGUGUCCAAGAUGGUCGGCGAGAAGGAACUGGACCACCCCUUUCCGUGUAAUUUCUGCUUCCCGCCCAUGGCUCGGGAUGGUCGCCUCCUCCGCGCGUGCAAGAAGGCGACGAUUCAGUUUGUGUUUAUCAAGCCAACCAUUGCACUGCUGUCGCUGUUCAUGCUGGCCAUCGACGAGUACAACUCGACAGGGUACCAGUGGUUCCUCUGGGUCGUGUACAAUGGGAGCUACUCGAUUGCGCUGUACGGGCUUCUCGUGUUUUACUUGGCCACAAAGCACAUCUUGGCGCCGUUUUCGCCCGUGCUCAAGUUCUUUGCCGUCAAGUCGGUCAUCUUCAUGACAUUCUGGCAGUCGCUGAUGAUCGCGAGCUGCCCAGACAUCACAGUCGAGCAAGCGUUCGCAUGGAACGACUUUAUCUUGUGCGUCGAGAUGGUCCCGGUGGCCAUUCUGUACUUGAUCUCGUUCGGCGCGCGGCAGUUUCAACUGUCGCACCGACUGGCCUCCCACGACGUGGACAAGGAGGACGGCAUGUCCCAGCGCAGCGCGAUCGAGUGCGGCGAGGCGACGCCCCACAGCGGCGAGGUCGUGCGAAACAUGAAGGAAGUGUUGAAUGUCAAGGACAUUGUUGCAGAUGCGUUCCACAAUUUCAGCUCGUCAUACCAGGACUACAUGCUCCAGCGCGCCGAUGACGAAGACUUGGAGAAGGCCGAGCAACCAACGAGCUCGAUCUUGGAUGCUCCGACCCCCACGACGGACGACGGCUCGCCGCAUCUGAAAACGAACCAGGUCAACGCGGAUGCCGCCGCGCCGAAACCGGACCAUCCCGGCGACCAACUCGACGACGGCAUUGAUGUCAGUGAGAACGAACACAAUGACGAACAGACAGAAGACGGCGUUGACACCGACGGUGUAAUUGUGUCGCCGUCCACAGUGGCAAAGCGCAAGUUGUCGCCCAAGAUGGCGACAUAUUCCAUGCGAAAAGCCAGCAUAGGAAGCAACAGCAGCAGCAACAGCUCGCACUCGGCAGACACACGAACCAGGCGGAGCAGCGCCGAGGAAAUGCCAGUCCGACAGGAAGCUAUCGCGAUUCCGUACUCGAUGUCGGACGAGGAAGAGGACGAGACACUGCUCGUAUCCCCGCGGAAGAACGACAAGACGAGCUUGCUCAAGUGAACGCGUUGGUUUGAGAUAGUCCUUCAGUAAUAGGUGGUAGGGUUUCGAGUCCGCUCGAGCUAAUUCGGUUCGUGGGUCCACGAGUUGGCCUUGUGGAGCACCAACGAAUGCCAUGGUGGAUGUUGUUGGCAGAGCAAACGGAGCAGUGUAGUACCAAGCGUUGUCCAAAAGAAGUACGUGGCAAUGUGUGUGCGAUGCUCCUGCUUUGGCGGGC